AUUGUAUGUGUAUUUUUUGGUAAGGUAUGGCAGGGCUGUGUAUACGUCUAUGCGAUUUAAUAUUGUGUGUAUCGAUUUGUAUCUAGUGUGUAUUAUUACACAUCCGUUGUAGUUCUGUUUCCCCUGCUUGUCCGUUGUCUGGGUUACCUGAUAGUUGCGCCUGGUGUGUUGAUAGUAUUGUGUUUGUCUGCUUUCGUAUUUUCCCAUUACAAUCAGGGAUUUAUUGUAUGCCUAAUGAUGUGUUGAAUGUUAUCCAUCAUCGGUUAUUUCAUUGCGGUUUACAAAGUGUAUUGGUCAGUAUGAACGCGGUCACGAGCCCCUUGUCUGUGAAUCUGAACCAGAUUCUGCAGAAAAAGGUUCACGUUUAUGAUAUGCAAUAUGACUAUUAUUGCAAAUUCUUGGUUGCUGGUUGUCGAUCGCAAAAUGGCCCUGAGAUUGUGAUACUGGAGAAGAGCGGUUCGUCUGACGAUUCGUCGACGUUACGUUUGGUGAGCAGCACUACUACUCGUUGCGAUCCUGUAUUUCUUGGCUGGGCUCCUCCUAAGUUUGGUUCUGUUUUGAUUGCGGUUUUGAGCGACAACUCUGUUUGCUUUUACCGUCACUCUUCUUCUGGAUCUGGUUAUUAUCUAUCAUUGUUUCAUGAGAUGAUGGAUGUUCAGAAGUCUAUAAGCUGCAUGAGUAUCGGUGUAUCUCCCAUUGGCGAGUUGUUGUGUGCCGUUGGUUCUCCCAGCGGCCGCGUUAGUGUUAUUAUUGGUGAGGGUUCGUUUGAGACGAUUAAUUUCCAAGGGCACUUUGGGGGUGUUAACACUGUAUCUUUCGUUGUUAAUGAUGCUACUAUGGACAGAGGUUCGACUGUUUUGCCUUGUCUUCUUGCCACUGGUGGUUUGGAUGGCUGCGUGAAGAUUUGGGAGUUGUCUGAGCGCAAGUUCCAGUUGGUGAAGACGGUUUCUUUGGAGAAUGAUUCUAAGUGUGUUCCUCAUGUUCGUUACAUAUGUUGGAACAAGAGUGGUGGUCGUUUGGCGGCUGCAACUGGUUCUGAUGUGUUUUUAUUUGGGCGUUCUCCCGAUUGGUCAAUGAUUCAGCGUGUUCGGCUCGCUCGUUUAUCGGCACACGUUUCUGUUUCGUUCAACAGUGACCGUUUGAUUGUUUCGUGCGAUGGCGAAAGUUUUGUGUACCACCCCGACGAGAGUGGCGCGUAUGUGUUAUCCACUACCCUGGAAGGAAGCAAGGAGCAAUCUGUUGGUGCUUAAUAACUUUUUGAUAACACUCG